AGUAAUUGCGUUACGUUAGGUUUCGGUGACCUUGGCGCACUAUGCCGUCGAAGGUUUUAUUAUAUCUAUUAUUCAUUUUUUUUUAUUUGAAAUGCGUGUUUUGGAAUUGUAUGCAGGAAUAGGAGGAAUGCAUAUUGCUUUUAAAGGGUCUACUGUGAAACAUGAAGUAGUUGCUGCCGUAGAGAUAAAUGAUGUUGCAACUGAUGUAUAUAAGUACAAUUUCCCCAAUACAUUGACGUUAAAUCGUGUUAUCGAGAGUUUUAGUCCAGAUUAUGUGUGCAGCUUAAAUGCAAACAUAUGGAGUCUCUGUCCACCUUGUCAGCCAUUCACAAGGUUAGGGAAACGCAUGUGUGAAGCAGAUAAGAGAAGCUCUUCGUUUUUUCAUGUUCUUGAUCUAAUAAGCAUUCUGAAACCAACAGGAAUUAUACUUGAGAACGUAAAGGGAUUUGAACAUUCUGAACCAUGGCGACAACUGAUAGAAGUACUAAACAGUUGUGAUUAUGAAUAUCGACAAUUUUUACUUUCUCCUCUGCAAUUUGGCAUACCUAACUGUCGCCUUCGUUUCUAUCUUCUUGCUCGUUUGCGUUCAUCAUCUUGGAAUUCAAAUUUUAAGAUGGGACAAUCCGAGUCGAUUGAUAUGCGACCACCGGUCGAUGCACCCAUGUUACCUGGCUGUCAAUGUACUUCAUGCAGUGGUGUUAUCAGCCACAUAGAACAUACAGAUGACAAUUUCACUGAAUAUAUCCAGUUCUGUCAACCAAUAUCGGAGUUUGUAUUGGUACCAAGUGAUAGUCCUAAAGAGUUAUACUUUCUAGAUGAGAAGUGCCUUCAACGUUAUUUCCGUGUACUUGAUAUCGUCAGGUCUUGUGAUAAGAAAACAAGAUGUUUUACAAAAGGUUAUUCAAAACGGUUGGAAGGUACAGGAUCUGUAUUUCAAACAUCUAUGGAAAAUGAAACAAGUGAAAAAAUAGCCAACUUCUAUGAGGCCAAUAAAGAAGAUGAACAAGCUGUGUUACAGUAUGCCAAACUAUUGAAACUACGUUUUUUCCAUUCUCGUGAAGUAGCCAAUAUGAUGUGUUUCCCAAAAAGUUUUGUUUAGGAACUCGAUCACAAAUAUGUUUUUUUUGUUAAAGUCUAUUACAUUUUCAACUUUUGAUAUCUGUCGGUCGAUUUAAAUCAUCGUCUAAACACAAUAUAUCAUUCAACAAAAAAAUUCACUGCAAAUAUUGUUUGCAGUUUACUCAACUUUAAAUCAUAAUUUUAUAUGAAGAAUAAUGUUACUAAGAAAGGAAAAGUAUAAGAAUUCAACAAAAUCAGUUAUCAAUUACGAUAUUCCGAGAUUAUUAAUUAGCAUUCCUACAUUCUUAAUUCAAAUAUUCUGUUCUGAAUUUCUCAUUAUCCAAACAGUAAAGCAUUUAAGGCUUAUUUAUUCUCUUACUUGAUGGAUUUGUUUGGUUUUAUACACACAGAACUCAAUGAUAGUCCCUCCAUCCAGCUUAUGGAUAUGCUGUACAAGUUGAUGUUAAUUGAUAGAUAUAUUUUAAAUAAUUGUUAGUUUUCAGUUGUUCUAGAUUUCUUCCAAACAUGAUAUUUGGUAGUUCACUUUCUUCGCGUUUACUUCAUACACAUGUCUUAGUUGCGAAAUCUAGUUUAUUAUUAUUAUCAUGAUUAUAUAGAAAGACUUCGUAGAUUGCGACACUGAUGAUAACAGUUUUGUAAAGAAAUCGGAAAGAACAGAAAUCAUGUAGUAGCAUCACUGAAAAUGGUAAGUAAUGCAAUAUAAAUUCGUUGGAUAUUUUAUACGAACAUUCGUCAAGAUUAGAGCGAAUAGUUUGAAAGAAAUUGGGCGCGGAGUAUAGAGAAGUCACUAUAUGUGAAGAUUAUAUUUGAAAUAAUCUCAACAAUUGAAAUUUAAAUAAUUCCAACGUUUCGUCCAGUUAACUUGUCUGGACUUCUUCAGGGU